AUGUUCAUAUUUAACUUCAUCAUAUUGAUCUGCGGUUGCUUUUUACUUGGCGUUGGAAUCUACACGCGAGCGAAUCACAAUGAGCUUUGUAUCACGACUUUGGGAAGUAACCUCUUUCUACCUUUCGCGCUGACUCUGAUUACUGUCGGAAGUAUCAUCAUUGUCUUGUCGUUUCUGGGAUGCUGUGGAGCUAUCAAGGAAGUCCGAUGUAUGCUGGCAACGUCUCCUCUCUCUGUUUCUUACACCAGGCAUUUUCCUAUUUUUGAUCUCCCCUCCCUUCUUUCCCUAUUUCGGCUGCUAAACAAGAACAACCCACCACCUCUCUCUUUUCGUAUUCAUUCUGUCCAUAUCUCCCGUUUCACGUACCCCCUCUCUCUCUUUCUUUCUCUCUCUCUUUCUUUCUCUCUCUCUUUCUCUCUCUUUCUUUCUCUCUCUCUUUCCCUCCGUUCUCUUUUCUCUUUCAUCUACCAUUUCUCUACUUCUCUCUUUUUCUAUCCAUCUUUAUCGUUAGCAAUUAUUUCCCUUUUUUACCUAAUGUCAUCCCCCUUCUCUCUCUCUUUCUCUCUCUCUCUCUCUCUCUCUUCUGCUUCGUCUUCUAUCACUCCUCUUAUCUUGCCUAAUUUUCUCCCUCUCUCUCUUGCUACCUGUCUGUCUCUUCUUUUUUUCUUUAAUAUUUCUCCUCCUUUUAUUCAUUCUUCAGAUCACUUCUUCCCUAUUUUAGAGAGAGAUUGUUGGCAACAGUUUCUAUUAGCUCCUUUCCUUUAUUCGUUCGUAAAACCGCAUCUCGGUAAUUUCAUUUGUGCCGUGAUAUCCCAGCAUUCCCUUGGCAUAAGACGUUAUAUAGCGUCCAUCACGCUUUUCGUCUUUUCCUUUCCGCGGAACAUUUGA